AAAACGAGUCCAACAUAUUCCGUUUCUUCGAUGCAUUCUCUCGUGAAUUCUCGUGAAUUUCAAUUCUUCUCUUAGACUUAGCAAAGUUGCAGAUUUGGAGAGAAGUUGAGAGGAUCUGAGUGAUCUCGGGUUGUUCCUCUCUCCUGGUUCGUUAAAAGUCAUGGCCGACGUCGUCGCCAACAUCCUCGCUCAAUACUCGGAUGAAUUGCAGUUCAUCAAUUUUGAGGUCAUCUUGGUUGACUUGAGGGUCAAGGGGAUCAUCAAGCACCACGAGUAUUUCGGCAUUGUAUACAAAGGAACGAGGGAAAAACUGCUGUUCCUUCAAGAACAUCUGCCUCAUAGAGGAGACGACGCAUUCCCCACUUUCCUUGAAAUCCUUCGCCACCGAAAUCAUGCCAAGCUUGCCGACACGUUGGACAACGAAGUGGAUGGUCCAGUUCUCAUUACGGAUGAGGAUAGGGAGUCUUGCCACCAGGAAAAGGAGAGACGCCGCCAGGACGAGGGGGAAUCGCACCCUAAGGAGCAGGAAGGGGAGCGGCGCCACGAGGACGAGGAAGGGGUGGGGCUUCAUGAUGAGGCUUCGUUCGGGAAGCCUUCUGUUUAUCUCACUUCUCUGAGAGUAAAUAUUUCUCCGGCUAUCCUUGAGAAAAAAAGAAGUGGGAACCUUGAGGCAGAGGAGCUUGGAGGUGAAGACUCUUCGCUCAUAGCGAUGGCACGUCGGUGA